AUGAAGACACUUCAGACAUUUUUGGACAUCGGCUGCAUCUCCUGCUCAGAAGUUCCCCCUCGUCAGUACUACUAUGUUAACAAAGCUCUGAACUGGAGUGAAGCUCAACAAUACUGCAGAGAGAAAUACACCGACCUGGCUACAUUUGACAGCAUGGAUGACUUGAAGAGACUGAAACCCAAGUUUUCCUACUCCUGGGCUUGGAUUGGUCUUCAUGAUGAUCCAGCAGCUUGGAAAACAUCCAUGGGAAAUGAGAGCAACUCCUGGAGAUGGUCAGCAACAGGAGAAACCAGCAGGACUGGAUUCCAGUCGUGGGACAGUAACUGUCCAGAUUACUACAAAGGAGAGGAAGCGUGCGUAACGAUGGGUGGAGGGGGGCUGUGGAACGACGUUAACUGUAAUACCUCGUACCCCUUUCUUUGCUUUUAUGUUACAGAUCAAAACAAGAAAAACUAUGUUUUAAUCAAUCAAGCGAUGUCAUGGAGUUCUGCUCAGCAGUACUGCAGGACAAACUACAAGGACUUGGCAAUGAUCGAGAACCAGGACGAACACACGGAGGCUCUGAAUGCGAAAUCAUCCACUUAUAAAGUGUGGAUUGGUCUGUAUCGAGAACCCUGGACCUGGUCUGAUGGAAGCACGAGUUCCUUCAGAAACUGGUAUCCCUCUGGUUCAGAUAACUAUGGGGGAAACCAACACUGUGCAGCAGAGGAUUCCGAUCACGCCUGGAGUGAUGAAAUUUGUAGCGGCAAAAAAGUUUUCAUCUGCCAUCAAGUUUCAAAGAUGAAGACCACUUUGAGGUUGAAAUUCAUCACUAAUGCUGACUUGACCGACCCAAAAGUCAAAGCCCAGAUUCUGGAGCAGUAUGCCUACACUUUUCUUUGCUUUGCUGUUACAGAUCAAAACAACAAAAGCUACAUUUUCAUCAAUCAGCCAAUGUCAUGGAGUUCUGCUCAGCAGUACUGCAGGGAUAACCACAAGGACUUGGCGAUGAUCGAGAACCGGGAGGAAAACAUGGAGGCUCUGAAUGCUAAACCGUCCAGUUCUAUAGUCUGGAUUGGUCUGUAUCGAGAACCCUGGACCUGGUCUGAUGGGAGCACGAGUUCCUUCACAAACUGGUAUCCCUCUGGCAUAGACAAUUAUGGAGGACACCAACCCUGUGGAACAGAGAAUACUGACCAUGAGUGGGGCGAUGAGCGCUGUAGCAUCGAAAGAGUUUUUGUCUGCCAUCAAGUUUCAAAGAGGAAGACCACUUUGAGGAUGAAAUUCAUCAUUGAUGCUGACCUGACCGACCCAAAAGUCAAAGCCCAGAUCCUGGAAAAGCUUCAGUUGUUGCUGAGCAGUGGUGGAUGGACAGGCAUCCAAUUGCAGUGGACGAUUGAACCCAAGAAAUAGAACGAGGAAUGCAAUAUAAUUUUUUCAUCAUCUUGAAUAAUCUUAUUCAUGCAUCAAUUCUAUACAUUUUUUUUUGCUUUAUUUUUUGCUAUAUCUAAAUGCAUAUAUUUGGGCGCUUUUCCGGUGAAUGGCCUCUCAAAUCUCAUAGGAAGAGUUUGUUGAACUGAAUAAAGUUUCAUACCUAAA